GUGAAGUGUUGGGCAAUAAAUGCAAGUGAAAAAUAAAAAGGGAUAAUUUAUUUGACUAACGUUCCCAAGGAUGCCAACCUUCUUGAUGAAAAGGUUACUUCUAUGCCUCUGCCUCCUGGCCUUAAACUUACCUCGGACAUUGUGUCUCUCUUACCUUAUCCGGCGUCUUCUCUACCUUGGUUUACCAGUCCUGAUGUCUCUUUUGCGAUCCAACAAUUAAGCCAAUUCCUCCAGUAUCUCGAAUCCUUCCAUUGGAUGCUGCCGUUCAUGUCCUUCGUUAUCUCAAGGGCACAUCUUCUAUAUGGUCUCUUCUUUCCUUCCAACAACAAUCUUCGGCCCUCUGUUUACAUUGAUGCUUCUUGGGCGUCUUGUCCUGACUCUCAACGCUCAAUCAUAGAUUUCUGCAUCUUCCUAGGUUCCAUCGUUUCCUGGAAAACAAAGAAACAUCCCACUGUGUCCCGGUCUUCCGCCGAAGCUGAGUAUUGCAAUAUGGGAGCUGCUGGCGACCAUCCACAUCACUGCAAAUCCAUUUUUUCACGAACGGAAGAAAUAUUUGGACAUCGAUUGUCAUCUUGUCCGUGAUCAAUUCAAAUUGGGAUUCAUCAAACCUUCUCAUAUCCCUAGCCGUGAGUAGUUGGCUGAUUUGUUCACAAAAACUCCUUUGAUUGGAUAUUUUUCGCGUCUGUUCGUCAAGCUGGGCUUGGCACCCCAAGCUCCACCUUGAAGGGGAAUGUAGCAAAGUGGAGGUUGGAGGCGUUGACUAGACGACCAGUUGUUGAGUUGGACGAUGACGUGGAGAUGAAAUGGAGCCACCAGUCAUUUGUUUAUUUCUCUUGUAUUUUCGCCUUUUUCAUAUACAUACUUUUAUUAGUUAGAAACGUUUUCUUAUAAUUAGAGUUGUUAAGAGUUAGUUAGCCUAUAAUUUUUCUUCCUCUGUAUAUAAGCUCCUCUGUACAUCUUCUCUACAUUCUAGAUACAAGUUUACGGAAAUGAAGAAAUUCUUCUUCACAGUUCAAUUUUCCCAUAU